GUCAUAUAAUUAUCUCCUCGAUCGAAACUAAAACUAAGGAGAAAACGAAGAAUAAAUGUCUUCAAAAUCUAUGCUGACUAAGAUCAGACAUCCAAACACCACCACGGUUAUGACUAUGAAUUAUUGAUGAUUUGAGAAGGAAAUUUGAUGCACGUCCAAUUAAUAAUAACAGCAGCACUUUUGUUAAUGUCACAAAUAGGCGUUGGAUCUCCGUACCACGCCAUUCGUUAAGGUAAUUAUUUUCGCGCGUAUGACGGCAUCAAGGUAAGCCAUUAUCCUGCCUUCGGCAGCACGUACAUAGAGUGCCGUUAUUAAGUGAACAAACCAGAAGACAACUUAUUGCAUAAGAACGGAAAAAGAAUUAACGGCAAUGUGGGAAAACGUAAAUACAACGAUGAAUGGAUCACAGCCAUCGACCUGUUUCAACAAUCCUACAGCAGAAAAAAUCGGAAAAACGUUUUUUUACUGCUCGAUCUUGCUUGUUUCGCUGGCUGGGAACACCGCCAUUGGUAUAACUGUUUACAAGACCAAAACCAUGAGAAAACCCAUCAACUUUUUAAUCUUAAGCAUGGCCAUGUCGGAUCUGCUGUAUCCGAUUUUCUUGAUCCCUAUGUCAAUUCAAGGGCUCUAUACAGACUCCUGGCUGAUCGUUGGUCCUCUUGGCCAGGCCUUAUGUAAGCUGGUUUUCUUCUUAACACAUGCCUCCGGACUUGUGUCUAUUCUAAGCAUGGUUCUGAUAGCAGUGGAUCGAUUUGGAGCUGUGGUAUUUCCUCUCCGUUCUCCGCCGAUCAGUUCAAAACUGUGCCCGUUCUUCAUUCUCACCACUUGGAUCAUCGCGAUGGCUGUAUUCUCCCCAUAUCUCUUCGCCAGGAAACUUGUUGAAUAUCCAGAAAGAUUGGAAUGUGGGAUGCAUUGGAACGAAGUCUUUGCAGAGACCUUGUCUUUUCAAAAUUACUUCGUGUCAUUUUCGGUCGUAUUCAUUUUUAUCCCGUUAGUGUUGAUAGCCAUACUAUACAUUAUCAUCUUUUUAAAGCUCAAGUCGCGGAAGAUUCCAGGCGAGCAAUCGGCCAACACUGAAGCUGGGCAACGUCGGCAAAGGAAACGAAAUGUGUUAAAAAUGGCCAUUGCUAUUGUGUUGGGGUUUGCAAUUUGCUGGUUGCCCUUCGUUAUCAUGUGUUUACUCGUCUUCUUUGCAUCGGAUGUCUUGAUGUCCUGUGACUUGCGGUAUUUUAACUCGUUUGUUGUUUUAAUGGUUAGCGCAAAUUGUGCCAUAAAUCCUUGCAUCUGUUUUAUUUUCAGUAGCAAUUAUCGCGAAGGACUUAAGAAUCUCCUGAGAUAAAUGUCUUUUGAGCAGUGUAUUAGCCCGGCGAUGAUACUUCUGUAUAGUCUGUCGAGAGGUUCAGUGGACCGAAAACGUAUAAUAAACGUUAACUUAAAA